AUGGACCAGCCUACGUCUUCCCCCACGCAUGCAUCUACCGGGGCUCCACAAGCCGGAACCGUCCAACACUACGCCCUUCGUCUCCCUGCCUUCUGGCCUAAGAACCCAUCAGUCUGGUACCUCCAGGUGGAGUGCCAGUUUACCCUGGCAGGCAUCACCAGCCAGCUGACCCAGUUCCGCCACGUCGUCAGCGUUCUGCCUCACGACAUCGCCUCCCAGAUAAUCGACGUGCUUUCCGCUCCGCAGCCGAGCAACCCGUGCGAUACUGUCAAGAAGGCCAUUCUUGACCCUACAACCGCGUCGGAGAGCCAAAGACUUCAGCAGCUGCUUACUGCAGAAGAGUUGGGAGACAGGCGCCCUAGCCAGCUGCUGCGUGACAUGCAGAAUCUUCCUGGCGAGCGAGCCUCUACGUUCGACCCUGCUCUCCUUAGGGAAUUAUUCCUACAACGGUUACCCUCCAGCGUGCAAAUGAUCCUCGCCACGGCUGCCACUCUACCACUCCAAGAUUAG